AGGGAGCAAAGGGCAGAGGGACUGCAUCCCUGCCUGACCACCACCUCCUGGGGAGGUUCGGACACCGAACGGACCACUAACAGUGGCUGUGGGGAGGAGGAGGAGGGCAAGUCCAGGCUGAAGGAGGCGAUGGCAGCCACAACGGUGACCGAUUCUGGGGGCAUGAGGAUCAUCACGGAGGUCAUCCCGGCCACAGACCCCCGAGCAGCCCAGUUGGCCUCCAGCUCCGGGCCACCCACACCUGCUGUAUCAUCAUUUCAAGUCAAAGGCUUCAGAAGGGCUCAGCCCAAGGCACUGGGGACCAUCCACAUCUUCACUGGGAUCAUCCAUGUCUGCUUCGGGAUCAUCCUGACAGCGUCACAGUACAGCACCCCUUCCCUCCCUGUGGCUAGUGGGGUCCUCUUCUGGCUCGGGCUCCUGCUCCUGGUCUCAGGCUCUCUCCUCGUGGAAAGCGAAAAAAGGGAUAGCAUCUUGCUGGUGAAGACCUGCUGCAUCGUCAAUAUGGGGGUCAUCCUGAGCACGCUGGUGGCCACUCUUGUCCACACCACGGCCAUCACUCGCAACAUCCCUGGCUGCGAGAAUAAGCCGUACUAUCUGAAACCUGACUGGUGCUUCGAUGCUGAGAACAAGAUGGUGAGCAACGGGCUGGAUUCCAUAUUCAUCAUCUUCAGCCUGCUGGAGUUCUGCGCGGCAGUGGUGGCCCUGGCCUUCGGCUACGAUGCCAUCAAGCAGCAUGACUACACACGCAUGGCGCUGUAGCCAUGGCCAAGCUGGCAGCCGUCCCCUGUGAAGAACCACUGUGUGCCCCUGCCCUGCUGCAGCCAAGGUGCUGGAGCCGAGGGGGGUCCCCGGUGCCUCACGGUGGGGCUGGCCAGGGCCCUGCGGGGCCUCAGAGCUCUCAGCACCCCAAGCCAGGCCGCUCACCUCCGCGCCUUUGCCCCCCAAUAAAGGCCUCUCCCCCC